AUGCAUGUCUUUUUCUUCUCACAUUCCACUGUUUUCCGGCUUGCUUUCCUAGGACCACUCUUCGGAUUUGUUUACCUCGAUAUCCCAUUAGCUAAACUUUUAUACCACUCAAAUAAUACAUUAAACCCGCAUCUGUCCUCGAAAGCUUGUGAUAAGGCUGUGAAGGACCUCCGUCCCGGUCGCAGAGAUUAUUCGGUCGGAGGUAAGAGAGAGCAGGGCACGAGCAGUGUACUCCGUCCCUGUCUCCCACCUCUUCCUCUUACCCCCACCUGCCUCUCACCCCCCCACUCGCCAGCCAUGGGUGUUGCAGCCGAACCAGGUCAAAAGGGCGUCAAUUGGUCCAACAUCGCUAUCGGCGGCAUUAUGAACAUGGUUACCACUCUCGGCCAACCUCUCGAGGUGCUGAAGACUCAAAUGGCUGCCAACCGGUCCCAAACCAUGCUACAAGCGUGCAAGACCGUCUGGUCUCGUGGUGGUUUUGUUGGGUUCUACCAAGGUCUCAUUCCCUGGGCAUGGAUAGAGGCAUCCACGAAAGGCGCUGUGCUGAUCUUCGCCGCUUCCGAGGUGGAGAGUGCUACCCUUGCUGCUGGCAUCAACCCGGGUCUGGCUGGAUUAUUGGGCGGAAUGACCGGAGGUGUUGCUCAGGCUUACGCGACUAUGGGUUUCACGACAUGUAUGAAAACUGCCGAGAUCACUCGCGCGAAAACCGCUGCCACCGGCGUCAAGCCUCCUUCGACGUGGGCCGUCUUCGCUGACAUCUAUCGUCGUGAAGGUAUUCGUGGUGUCAACAAGGGUGUCAACGCUGUCGCUGUUCGUCAAUGCACAAACUGGGGUUCCCGUAUGGGCUUCGCUCGUCUCGCCGAAGAUUCCAUCCGGAAGAUCAGGGGCAAGGGCGAGGGUGAAAAACUUGGAGCCGCCGAAAAGAUUCUCGCUUCGACUAUCGGUGGUACUUUCGCCACUUGGAAUCAGCCUAUCGAGGUCAUUCGUGUCGAGAUGCAAAGUAUGGCCAAGGGUGCUGCUGCAAAUGUCAACCGACCUGCCAAGUUAACGAUCCUGAACACGCUGGGAUUCAUUUACAAGGAGAACGGUCUGAAGGGUUUGUACCGGGGUGUAACACCCCGCAUUGGCCUUGGUAUCUGGCAGACAAUAUGUAUGGUGUCGUUUGCGGACUACGUCAAAAUUUGGGACCGGCUACUAACGGCAGCAGUAGGCCGGUUCUGUACACUGUUACCCCACAUCAUCCGCAUCGUCCCUUCCUCUCUACCCCUACCACCACCACCUACCAUGAGCGCCGUCGCACCACCCAAGGGCACCCACCCGUUGCUUGUCAAAUAUCUCGCUCAGCUCACCCUUCACCCGCUCCGUACAAAGGCACUUACCACCGCGACGUUAUGCUUCUUGCAAGAGGUCCUUGGGAGUAACCUCUCUGGGUCCCCACCGAAGGUUUCGAAGGAUGCUCCACCUUUGGUACGCGCCCUUGGGACCGUGCACGUCGACUUGAAGGCGCUCAAGAUGGCCCUCUACGGCUUCCUCAUCUCGGCCCCUUUGAGUCACUACCUCAUUGGUCUCCUCCAAAAGGCGUUUGCAGGCAAGACUUCUACCGGUGCCAAGAUCGGUCAAAUUGUUGCUAGCAAUCUUCUUAUUGCCCCGAUUCAAACCGCCGCGUACCUUUCCUCCAUUGCAGUCAUCAACGGUGCGAGCUCAGUCGACGAAGUUAUCAAGACCGUCAAAGCCGGAUUCUUUUCGGUUAUUAGGAUUUCUUGGGUGGUUUCUCCGCUGUCCAUGACAAUUGCGCAGAAGUUUAUCUCGGUCGAGCUUUGGGUGCCAUUCUUCAAUGCCAUUCAAUUUGUACUCGGGACCUAUUUCAACAUGCGUGUCAAGCAACUCCGCCUUGCUGCCCUCAAAAAGGAGAAGCUCGAGCGAGAAAAACAAGAACGUAAAGAUUAA